UCAUGGCUGCUGAACCAGAAAAAUGUCAAGAAAGUUGUGAAAACUCAUCAUUUUGUGACUUGUCUCUCACAUUUAGGGAUGAAGACAUAGAUUGUAUUCAAACUAUACGAAAGCGUGAAACCUGUGGGCGUUGUAGGCGUCCUGUAGCUGUCUGUUGGUGUGUGUUUUUGCCAAAAAUACCAAUCCACAUUGAAACGACAGUUUAUAUUCUGCAACAUCCAAAUGAGGAAAAACGACCUCUUUCAACUACACCCAUGCUGCCAAUGAGUAUUGAACAAGGAAAGUGCCAUGUCAUAAAGGGGAAAAAAUUUAAAGCAGAAAGUAAACCAGAUGUCGUUCAGAUGCUUCUAUCACCAAACACAGUCCUACUGUAUCCAAGCCCAAAUGCAACAGACGUGGCGGAUCUUCCAAAAUCUUCGCAGCCUUAUAACCUGGUGGUUCUGGAUGGUACAUGGAGUCAGGCCAAGACCAUGUAUAACCAGAAUGAAGUAAUCAGAAGAAUUAGGCCAGUGACGCUGUCUGGUACUACGAAAAGUGAAUAUGUUGUUCGAACUCAACCAAUGGAUGGAUGUCUCUCAACCGUUGAGUCCACUGCUAUUGCAUUGUCUCACUUGGAAGGAAAUCCUGAUCUGAAAGAGGUGUUUAUGCAACCUCUACGUGCCUUGUGCAAGUUCCAACUUGACCAUGGAGCCGUUGAACACCAAAGCAAAGCUUGGCUUAUAGAAAAUGGACUGUACAAAAAACAAGUGAAUGACAAGAAGAGGAACAACGGGAGUACCAGUGAUGCAAAAAGAGAACGUAAUUCAAAGGAUGCCUCUGAAAGUUGUGUUAAAAUUCAGUCUGCGAUAGAAACUGAUGGUGACCUUUUCAUUGAUAAGCAUGUUCAUGAGACUUAUGAUGAGCAUGUUCAGGAGACUCAUCAAAAUGAUGAACUGAUUGUGCAUACUGAAAAGGAUGUGGACUCUUGUGAUAAAAAGGAACAUAUGUCAUGUAGAAACAACGAGAUAAAAUAUGAAAGUAGACAAAAUAAAAUAUCCUGAUAUUGUUUGACUCAAGUGUUGACUUUAUAUCUGUGCUCGGCCCUCUGGGGCACCUAACCUAGGGGUGCGUGUGACCACAACCUCUUGAUAUGAAAAGUCAAGCCUACAACAGCUUCAAAGGGCUUUGGUUUGGAAACAUAGUUCAUUGAAGGGAUAGCGACUCCAUUUAAUUAAUACUCCGGCUGGCGAUUGAAGCCCCUCCCUUUGGUUUUUGCCUACCACCACUACCUGUUAGCAUGAACUUCUUUCUGGGCAAAAGCUCUCUGCACUUGGCCUAAA